AUAUCCGAUUUUGUGUUUUUUGUUGUUGUUGGUUUUUCACAGAAUGAUGAAAAUGAAUUGGUUUAUUUGUGGGUAAAUAUGUCAAUACGAUACCGUAAAUUGGACAAUCAACAUGUAAACAACUAAUGAAAUAUUUAAAAUUAUAACUGCUGCAGUUACUGUAGUGUACUUUUAUAUAUUGAUCAUCAUAGGUUAUAAUACAAAGCUAACCGUAUUUAAUUACUAUUCUACUUAGUGAUCUACAACGCAUCAUUCUCUUUACUUCUUUUUUUAUAAAUGCAUUAAACGGAAAAAUGUAAAAUAACACAAUCGCCAUUAGUACAGGAGCGAUUUAAACUGUCGUAACUCAGUCAAUAUGGGUUUAAAGAACACUAGAGAGCGGUAAUGCAUCAUACGGAGACAAACAGUUCAAUGAAAAGCGAGAGAAUAUGAGACCGCGAGAGUGAGAAGCAAAAUGCAAAGCAAAAGCGAGACAGCACACGCGCGCAUAGUACAAAGCAUAUUUGGUUCCCGUGAACAGAACGGCACAAAAGAGAGCCAAGUAAAGGAAAACGAAAGUAGCCACUCGAAAGCGAUGAUCUGUGGGUCUGAGGGAAAAUAUAUUACAACCGUCCGGUGGCACUCGUCAGUAACGGAACAGCUUUCACGCAGUUCAACAACGCGAUGCAAUAAACCAAAAGCUGUUCGAUAGGGUAGCGCGCUAUAGCAGUGUAAGCAUUUAGGUAAAAAUAGUGACAAAACGAAAAAAACAGUGCAGUAAAGGAUAAAAUAAGGAAAGGUGAACAAUAAACGGUUUGCUUGUGAUGUGUAGAAAGUGAACAGUAAAAUGCGCCUAAAUUGCUGCAACGAUCGUGCAUUUCAUUCCUUGCCUUAGUAAUGCAGCUACGGUACGGAACUGUUUAGAUGGUACUAGGACCUGCUUAUGCUGGCUCACGUAGCAUCAUAUGGCCAUGCGAGGACAACAGCGACUGUAAGGCAGAGAACGCACACUGCUCCAUCUUUGGGUACUGCCAGUGCCCGGCAGGUUAUGUCUUCUCGACCGAUGUCACGCGCUGCCUGCCCGAGUCCGCGUAUGGCGUAGCGUGUCAGGAGGCGGUACAGUGCUCUCAUAUGCUCACCGGUGCCAAGUGCGAGGCCGGCGUUUGCACCUGUGACAGCGACUACACGUACGUACGCGGCCGCUGCCGGAAGCUGGUGGAUCUUGGCCAACCGUGCAGCGACGAUAUCGAUUGCUUCUUCAGCCACAACCGGGAGGCGGUCGUGUGUCAUCGGGGCUCCUGCGAGUGUGCCGACGGGUUCUAUCGGCGCAGCAGCAACGUCUGCCGGCGGCGUGUGACAAAUGGUGAAGAAUGUCUCGUGCACCAGGACUGUGAGGGAGAAAAUUUGCGGUGCGUGAAUCAGCACUGCACCGAUGCGUCAGCACAAACCAAAUCCUUCCGCGAUGUGGCCAUACAAACGUCGGAAACUGUGGAAGAGCCGAACGAGAAAGGGUCACCGGCGAAAGGGACCUCGGGCAUCAGCGAACCAAAGACGCGCGAUGCCGAAACGAACACGGAUACGGCGGGCAGCGGGAAAAGGGUACAGAUUAACACCAAACGAUCGACGAAGGAUUGUGAAAAGUGUCGCAAAUUUGGCGAUCCAUGCGUCGACGAGGGCGUCGAGUGUCCGGAAGUGCCUUACUCGGUGUGCCGAAUGGGCCAAUGUCACUGCAAGGAUGGGUAUUAUAAUAAGGGCGGUCGAUGUAUGGCCGAGCUUGGCGAAUACGCACACGACGAACAGUACUGUGAGGAUGAUAUGGAGUUCAACAACAAUCGCUGCUCCUGCCGGAACGAUCAGUUCUAUGAUAAUAACAUGCGCUCGUGCCUAAAGCCCGCCCUGGGCAUCAAUACAUCCUGUACCCAGCAGAGCCAGUGUUCACCGUACGGUGCAGCCUACUGUCCGGCCUUGUCGCCGAAACGUUGCACAUGCUACCCAUACUCGCAGUACGACGAAGCAACCGAACUCUGCAUCGAAAAGCAGGGCCACGAAGCGUACUGCGAGCGGGAUGCAGAUUGUGCGCUGGCCAAUACGCGUUGCUCGAGCGAAAAGACUUGUGUCUGCAAGACGAACUACUACUAUGUGGACGAGCGCUGUAAGGCGGUGAAGGGUGCGGAGUGUGAAAGCGAAACGGACUGUGCAUUCGAGGAGGCCGUUUGUCAAUCGCUCAACGAGUCCGAGGAUGAAAGCGUUGAUCCGGGCGAACCGAAACAGUGCAACUGCAGGAAGGGACACUUUUACCAGCCGGCAAACAAUCGCUGCCUGAAGGAGGCCGAACAGUACGGGGACGAGUGCAGCGUGGACGAACAGUGUCAACCGUUGCUGGGCGAGCUGGGCCAGUGCAUUGAGAGCAAAUGUCAGUGCAACGAAAACGAGCAUCACUUCAAAGACGGCAAGUGCAACGUGAAGAUAGCUCUCGAUGCACGCUGCUCCAAAACGAGCGAAUGCUUCGUGGACGACGAGCAGGACAAUGUCGAAUGUCGCAAUUCGGCUUGUCAGUGUAAGUUUGACUACUCCCCGGACGUGGAGCGGCAGAAGUGCGUUAGACCUAGUGGCAAAAAUUCUUCCGAUCGCCCCAGUGCCCUGAAGGUGAUUACACUCAUGCUUACCAGUGCUGCCGUGCUGAUUACGGGUUCUGCUUUACGGGACGCAUACUACGGCUAGGGGAUGGACAAUACUAAGGGAGAGACGCAUAACAUUGGAUGGAAUCCGUUUUGUUCAACCAUUAUCCUGUGCAUAGUUUCAUAUCCGCUACGUGAAGGAUCUUAUUUCAACCCCGCAGUGCGUUGCGCAAGUUUUACUCGAAAACAAAAGCGAAACAAACAAACUAAAAAAAAAAACGCUAAACUAACAAUUAACUAUUUGAAACAAUCAAUCACAACUACAUUCGACGGAGCGAACAGUAAUGAACAGCAAUAAGCAUUACCACUAUUUAUACACCAACUGUGCACAUUGCAAUACGAAAGCGCGUACGGCAUAAGAUGAACUAGUUAACCGACUAGCACGUGUUUUUAUAUGCUUCAGUAAAUAAAAAAAAAAGAAAAAUCGUGUUUUGACCUGUAUGCCCCGUGUUGCAAAAGCGAACCACACGUGUACAAUAGAACGUACGAACGAACGUUCCAGUACGGCGACAUACAUACGGCGUCGUAUGUUGGGUGAACGAUAAUGCCUGUAGGUGGUGCAAAAUAGUACAUAAUUAAACUGAUAAUAAAGCAAUAUGUGCGGCCUCUGUAGCGGACUGUUGCCGUUGUUUUUUGA